UUUAGUUUCUGCUAUUUUAGAACCAUGCCCACAUUACAAUUCCUCCUCUCCCCUUUUUCCCCCACUUUAAGUCACUCUCAAGCUAGCAUCAACCCAACCACCAAUUCUCACUUCUUUAGUUGAGUCACAACUAAAUAAAGCUCCAAACCCUCUUCCAUCUCUCCACCUCAAAACUUCAAACUCCAUUCACACACUCCACCUCAAAAAUCAGACAUGGAUUGGUUCUCAUGGCUGUCGAAGACCGGGCUCGAUCCAUCUCUGGUGUACGAGUAUGGGGUAGCCUUCACCAACAACGAGCUAGAGGAAGAAGACAUAGCAUACUUCAACCAUGAGUUCCUCCAAAGCAUGGGGAUCUCCAUCGCCAAGCACAGGCUGGAGAUCCUGAAGCUUGCCAGGAAGGACAAAUUGGUCAGGGGAGGAGGGUACAAUCGUCCACAUCCCAUUGCAAGGAUGGUGGUUGCAAUCAGAAGAACUCAGAGGAGCUUGGCCAAGUACCUCAGGGCAUGGAUUGGGAGGCAGGAAUCCGCGGCGGCAGGGGCGCUUAUGGUGGUUCCUAGGAGGAAAGGAGCCAUGCCCAAGAGACACAUCAACAACAACAACAACAACCAGCUGAUUAUGAAGAAGAAGAAGGUUAUGAUGGUGAGUACUGGUGACUGUAAGCAAGAGAGGCUUCUGCUCACUAAUGGGAGCCCAUUAAUGGUGAAUGGGCUUGCUGGAGGUGGCAGUACCAGGCUCAUGAGCAGCUUCUCAAGGAUGUAUGGAGUGGAGAAACUAAUGGAUGGUGGUGGUGAUGAUGAUUACUGUCAUGAUGAUCCUUAUGAUCAUCACCAGGAUAAUUAUGAUGAUGAACAAGUCUACUACUGGUCAACUCCUGCUGAAGAGAUCAGGUGGGAUGCUAUGUUCCAGAACUUGAAACCAACUUGAUUGAUUUCAAUAGGUUUCAGGUUUAUGUGUUGUCACUGGUGAGAGAUGUGGGUUUUUUUUUCCUUGCGUUCUUCCACCAGAGAUUGUUGUCUCUUUAUAUUUCCCCUGUUAUUUAUUUGUUUAAGAAAUAGCAGAUGAAUUUAAUUAUUAUAUUGAGACGGGAUAAUUGGAGCUCUUCUAUAUUCAUUAAUAUCCUAUUGUUAAUCUCAGUGGUUGAAUCGGAUAAAAAAAAAACAAUAUUACCAUUUUGAUUCAACAAUUCAAAAAUCAAAAUAUAUUAAGGAAAAUAGUUCGACGAUAUGAACACGAAUCGAUCUCGUAUCAUCAGCAUGCUAGCCAGUUCAAGUGGGUGUUGGUGGGUUCAGAUGUACUUUAGAUGUCUAAAGUCUUGUGCCUUGUUUUCCUCUUUGUAAUGAGAUUGUCUCCCCUGCUUUUUUACUGGUCUGCUGGAAUCUUUUUAUGUAACAACAUGGAAGCAAAGGAGGGGGAGAGCCUGAGUUUGGGGGAUGAACAUUGUGAGAACAUCUUUUAUCUUUACCUAUUUUUGCUUAUACAGCAAACUCUAUUUCUGGGUAUUUUCCCCCCACAUUUUCUAAUAUUUUUCUUUUUCUAUUGUGAGCAGUUUGAAAGGUUGAUCUAUUCGGGCAUUUCCAGGUCUACGCUUAUUUUCAACUCUCCGAAGCAUUUUAUCGCUUACUACGCCCUUCCUCCUCUCUGGGUGAGUAGGAGAUAGGGAAGGCAACAAAACCCGAACCCAUGGGUACCCACCCGACCCAACCCGGUCAACGCGGGUAAAAUCCGUGUUGACGGGUUUUGGGCCGGGUUUGGGUUUAAACCCGUUCACUAUUCACCGGGUUGGGUUUGGGUUUAGGUAAACCCGGCCCGUGGGUACCCGCGCACCCAUAUAAUUAAUUUUUUCGGUAUAUUUAAUAUUCUAAACAACUAUUCUUAUUUAUGUUUGUGGAGACAUGUCUAAUUUUUUCUUUUCAAUUGUGUAGAAUGAAGUUGAUGUUAUGGA